AUGAAUGACGGACGUCUCCAUGCUUCAAAGCUUCCACAAUGCACAAACCCUACAGGGCCGCACUUGUUUACAAUCUCUCCAAUCACCUUCAUGAGCCGGUCCUCACCAUGUAUGGCUGCUGCUUUCCUGUUUGUAUUUAUCCACAGGCAACUCCCCUCGACACAAAGCUGCAAGCCCCACUUCACCAUCCCACACCAUCCCACACCAUCCCACACCAUCCCACACCAUCCCACACCAUCCCGCAACGCACGGCCAGCCCCCUCCCUAGCCAUCAACAACUGUAGCAUGCGUUUCCAUUCACACCCUAAGCAUUCCCGGGCCUUGUCUGCACUCCCAUCCCCACCAACUCAGAAUGAAACUUCCCUUGUUUCCCACCUCUUGCAGACCUUCCACGCCCUUGCAGGACCUCUCACACCCGCGGAGAUCGCCCGAUUAACACCCAAACAAACGCUGCUCCGUUAUCUACGCGCUCGUUCCCACUCGGUCCCAGACGCAGCCUCCAUGCUGCACAAGUCUCUCCUCUUUCACCGCAACUCCCCGUCCCCACAAGUGUGCCCCACCUGCGUGCGCAAUCCCUCGUCCCACUCUUUCUUCCCACUCGGACCACUUGACACCCCUCAAGCCCGUGUCGAGAGUCAUCUAGACGCUAAUCCUGUCAUGUAUUCAAAUUUCCAUGUCACGGAUCGUAACCCAGGGCACGUUGUUUUACACAUGCGGGCUGCUAUGGAGGCCACAUUUCAUCCGGAUUCCAUUCAUCGUAUGGUUUGGGUCAUGGAUUUCGCGGGUUUCACCCGCGCAGACAUGUCCCCUGGAAGUGCAAAGAGGGUGCUUUCCUUAUUCGCCGACCACUACCCAGAGCGUUUGGGAUGCGCAGUUAUCUAUGACGCUCCAAGGGCCUUCUCUGCACUUUGGGCGACCGUCAAGCUUUUUGCGGCACCUGAAACGGUUGCCAAAGUUGUCUUUAUCAACCACGGCGAGACACGUCAACAAGCUUUUCAACAGAUUGGCAUCGAAGGGAAAGUGUACAAGAGAGUUUGCCAAGAGAUUAACUUGGCCAGACGAGAGGGUGCGACUGGUACAUGGUGGACCCGGAGCCCGUUGCCGCCACUAGUAGAUUACGGCAAAGACAUCUUGAAAGCAGCAGAGUCACCGAACUACUGA